UCGAACACGAAUGUUGAAAACUUUGUCGAUACCUCGGCCCAGUCACUUAAAGUUUGUAUUGCCCGUCCCAACUUUAGAUAACUAGCCAGCAGAUUUGUUUAUCAUAUCGGGGUAUAAGAUUGAACACCAUGUCAGACGAAGAGAGAAAGUCUAGUCCCGAGGACGAGCAAAGCUCCAGUGAGAGUUCUUCAGACAGUUCAGAAGACGAACAUGAGGUAUAUACGUACAACAUCAACUCUGACACGGAUUACUAUAUACUACAGUCAUAGUCUUAUUAUCCAUAAAGGCUUUACAAGAUUAAGAAAUGUGGACACGAAUUUAUACAUAAUUGCUAUAAUAUAUCUUCAUCUAAAUGCAUAUUGCAAAAAAGUUUAUUAAUGUUACAGUACAUUAUCAAUUUUUAUAUACAAAAUAGAAGAAUCUUUAUUUUAUUUGCAACUCAUAAUAUGCGUCAUAGCUAGGCGUUCCUUUAAUUUUGUUAAUAUGUAGCAUAAUUUCAAGGCAGUUGUAACAAGCUAUAUAAUAGGUAGAAUAUUUGUUUCUGUUCUAAUAUUCACAUGAUUCAUGCUUUAGCUACAGGAAUAUAAUUUUAUGCUCCUGAUUUAUUCAUUUCUGGAUUUUUGUUCUAAUGAUAUACAAGUUAAUUUACCUGUGUUAAUUAUUUCAGGGUGAGUUGCAGAAUCUUCGGGUGAGGAGAACUAUGUGUCUUGUAACUUGAAUAUGAAGUCUGUAUAUCAAGGUGUUAGAUCUUGUCCAUGGAAACAUGUCUAUGAACAUCCAAUUCACAGAUGUGCUCAGAGAUGCAAAUCAAAAACAAUGCAAAAAUGCCUUUUUGUCUUCAUCACACAAUCUUGAAUCUCCUGCAUGACAUUUUCAUUUGGCCAGUAUAAUUAUAAACCAUUGAAAAACUUUAAAAUGUGGACGGUAAAGUUUUGCCAUAGUGAAUAUCCUGUUGAAUGAAUAAUUGAUUUAUUCCAGAUGAAAUCAGUAACAUGGAUAUGUUUGUUGUGUUUCAGAGUUGCACACCAGUAUCUCCUGUGCCUUCAGCUGGAAGGCUUCACACCCCUUGUACUAACCUGCCUCUAUCUCCAUACCCUGAUCCAUUACCCCCUGCUUCUUACCCUAACACACCUUACCCAGGUAGUUACCCCUCUGCAACUUUACCCACAUGUGCUAACUCUUACCCUCCCUCAUCCUACCCUUUGCCGUGUUAUCCAGCCACAGAUUACCUCAGUGUCUCUGAGCUACCUACAGGUUACCCAACAGCUACCUAUGGGUCUUAUCCAACAGGAUUGAAGUCUAACCCAGGCUCACCAAGUGACACAAACAGUGUUCAAAAGUAAAUUGAAUAGACCUCGAAAACAAUAUAUCCUUGUAUUCCAACAGCCCAGUACAUCUACUCAUUAAGCAUGCAUACUGCAUGUCAGCUGAGGCCUCUCUGUCAGCAUGUAAAAUCUUGUCCCUGAUGCUAAUGGUGGUGGACCUGGGAAUUACCUGUACAACUGAGUGAAUGGGUUAAAUUCUGGCUGUAUGUUCAACACACGUACUUUAUUAACACAGGAGAAAAAAGAUGAAGAGGAAAAGCCUGAACCAGAACCAGAGAAGGAAGAGUCUGCUGAGCCAGAAGAGGAUCAUGACAAACCUAAGGAGGAACAUGGAGAUGGAGGCGGGGAUAAGCACAAGGUAGAGGAUAUAGAUGAGGGUAUCUCUAAGAUGAUGAAGUAUGGGACUGCUGAGGUGUUUAAAGGCACCAUUUACCCUCGUGAGGAUUUUUCUGCUGAAUCUGCUGCUGAGACGUUGGAAAAUGCUAUGUCAGGAUUAGGAACAGAUGAACAGCCUAUAAUUGAUGUUGCCUCUAACAUCUCCAACUCCCAGAGGCAGGAGGUAGUUAAGGUGUACAAAACAAUGUUUGGCAAGGAUUUGAUAGAAGAGCUUUUGUCAGAGUUGACUGGUAAUUUCGAGGAAGCCAUCCUGGCAUUAUUUCAGCCAAGGACAUAUUAUGAUGCCUGGACGUUAAAUAAAGCUAUGUCGGGUCCUGGAACAAAGGAUAUGGUUCUAAUUGAACUGCUGUGCACACGUUCAAAUGCUGAAAUUCAGGAGAUCUGUGAAUGUUAUGAAAAACAUUUUGAAAAAACUUUGGAGCAAGACAUCUUGGAUGACACUAGUGGUUAUUUCAAAAGGCUUUUGGUAUCCUGUCUUCAGGCUAACAGAGAUGAGCUGACAGAAGAGGAGAUGGAGCGAGUGUUGUCAGAGGGCCCAGGCUGUGUGAUAGAUGAGGGUAAGGCUAAGGAAGAGGCCGAGAAACUGUAUCAGGCUGGGGAAGGGAAGAUAGGCACAGAGGAGGACACCUUCCUACAGAUCAUGUCACUGCGCCACUUCUACCAGCUGAGGGCAACAUUUGAUGCCUACAAGGAGGUAUCUGGCAAAGACAUCCUAGAGGCAGUGAUAGGAGAGUUUACUGGUGAUGAGGAGGAUGGCUUCAAAGCUGUGGUAAUGUGUGCUAGGAACAGGCCUGAGUAUUUUGCUGACCGUCUGUACAAUUCUAUGAAGGGAGCGGGUACAGAUGACUCAACAUUGAUCAGGGUGAUUGUGUCAAGAUCAGAGAUUGAUUUACAGAACGUUAAGGAGGUGUUUGAGAAGAAGUAUGGUAAAACACUGCUGUCUUUUGUUGAGGAUGACACCUCAGGAGACUAUAAGAGGUUACUGGCAUCCAUCGUAGGAUCGUGAAAUGUGCUAUUGUUAUGCAGGAAACUUCCUUUCACACUUUGCUGGCUUGUGAAUCAAAGUGGCUUUCAGUAUAUUGUGACCCAAAUGAGUAACAUUUAAAAAAUGUUUAUUUUUUUCACAAAUCUUUAAAGAUGUUGGAUUAAAUGAAAAAGUAAUGAAUCUAAAUAAUCCUGAUCUAAUAAUUUAUAGUUCGCUGGAUUAAGAAACAGCCUCAUUUGCAUAAAUUAUUCAACUUAUAUUUUUACAAGGGUUAUAUUUAUUCAGACCUGCACUAUAUUUGCAUGCUGUUAUCUUUUUUGCAAGUUUCUUAUGGAGCAAUAU